CCUUCGCUUCACUUGGACAGUCCGAUUACAACGGGAACAAUACACUGAGUGCCAAGGAGGGUCAUAGGGGAACGUUUGAAAGUAAUAUUGACCAUAUGCAAAAUAUCACAACGGAUAUUAGUCAUCACACAGCUCCGAGGAAGUACCUGUCAAGUAAAUGUACUUGCUUAAUUGAUAUAAAGCGAAUUAGAUACCUGUCACCCUUCUAUCCCUUGCUAUAUAACCUAGUGCAGUACUACCGUGUGGUCACAAAGACACAACAGGACCAAAGUGAAGGCAUUAAAGAGCAGCAGAGCUCGCUUACUGGAGCAGAGAUAGAACUGAGGCGAGGUUGCAACCAAGGAGGGAACAUAUCAUUUUUGUGCACGCUUGAGGCACUUAUAUGGAGAGAAGAUACCAAUUUCCGCAGGUGUCAACAUCGAGCUCUCAAAAGUCAUAGAGAGUGGCUAAAAAACAUUUAAACUCAGUUUACAAGUGCCCGAACAGCCUAUUUCUACUUUUGAAAAUCGAAACAAACGAAGAAAGAAGACUUAAACGGCUGAAGAGUUGCACGCAACAGAUUGCUGCAUCAUGAAAUUACUGCUACCGCUUGUGAUAGCUUUUCUUGCUAUCGCCCAAGUUUUUAGUGAAGAAAUUGGUCCAAAGGAAGAUCUUGAUUAUUGGAUGGACGAUCAAAUUACGGACGAGUGGCUGUCAUCUGACCCAUUCGGAGAGAUACUGCGGAGAAUGACGCGGAAACCGAGGCCGCAUCAGUUCUUUGGCCUAAUGGGGAAACGCUCCUCCGCAAAUCCACAGAUAACCCGAAAAAGGCAUAAAAUUAACUCCUUUGUUGGACUGAUGGGUAAGAGGAGCCAAGAGAAACCAGAUUCAUAUGAGUGGAACGCACUACAGAACUACGACAAGCGCCGUUAACCGGUUGGUCUUUCUUCAGUCCUCUGCUAUUGGUCCGCUUCUCAUCCAGUCAUUCCUACAGACAAGUGGAAGGGGUGUCUGAUGCCGAGUUUUGUUUUGUGCAAAAUAUGGAUAGUUAGUCAAAGUUAUUGUAAGUUACCAUAAUAAAAUGUCUUGUUUUCACAUCGUGGUUUUGUAGCUGUAUUGUACCUGACAGUGCCAAUUUCAUUUGUCCAGGAAGAAGGGAGCUCAAAGGAGGGCAGGAGUGUGAUCUGAAGAGGGUUACAAAAUUACGGUUGUUUUCCCCAAAAUUCACAGGUUUUCCGGAAAUCCCGGUUUUAAGAUUAAAUCAGAAGGGAAAUCGUAAACCAGAAAUUCUCAGAAUCCUCCGAUCAGGAUUUCUGGGAAAUCCUGGGACAUUUGGGAAAGUUUGCGGAAUUUUGCCACGCGCGGUGUGAUCUGGUACUCCUACCGUACUUUACAGAAACAUAAUGUUAUUUAAUGUAUGUCACAGUAUUAGUGCCAUCAGCAUAACAUAUGUUCCAGAGAAUGCUAUUGUCAUGGAACAUCAAAGCAAAGCUCUACCCCAGGGUAUGUAGAAAAUUGCACUGCCAAGCCCACUGUCUAGUGCCUCAUAAAUGAUUGUGCUGUAAAUCAACUACACACUCUGGUACAUGCUGCUCUAUCAGAGCACGCUCUCGUUUAAAUUGACUGUAAAUCAAACUGUCAUGUUUAUAAAACCAAGAUGUAUGGUAUGAUAUGACAGAAUACUUGUGUGUGAUUAUGGCUUGAUAUAUUAAAACUAUUUUCUUUAUUGGUGGAA